AUGUCUAUAGUAAAAACAGAUACAAAGAAAUCGACGUUAUUAGGAUACGAACUCUCUCCACGUCAAGAUGCUUUAGUGAACCAUCUAGUGCCUUCGAUUAGUGCUUGUGUUUUGUAUAUUUUAUUAAUAGCAGCUGAUAUUGGUGUGAUUUUUAGCCACUACAAAAAUUUAGAUCCUAUCUGGGCUUCUCUAACACUAUUUAUUUUAUAUGUUCCUGUGUUAUCAAGUUUUAUUAUAGUGAUUUCCAACUGGGAACUGUGGCCCGAAUUUGAAUCAUGCAGUAAAACAAAUAUUAAAUGGUUUUGGACCAAAGUUUUUCAACAUUUAUUCUUUCCGAUAUGGAGUAUGUGGAGGUUUGCCGAAAGAAUUUUUUGGUCUAUAGAAGCUUUGAGAGCACAAGAUGACAAAUCUACCGCAGAUGCCAUAUCUAUAAUAACAGCUCCACGUUCAAUAGAAUUGUAUGUCUUUUUGCAAUCUUACUUGGAAGCCUUGCCUCAAGUUUUAUUGCAGCUGUAUAUUCUUAUCAGGCACAAUGCUGAUAUUAACCGACAAACGGAAAAAGCGCAAAUGAUGAGCAUUAUUUUAAAUCUGAUAAAGCUAUCUGUGACAACGGCCUAUUACCAAAGAUUCAAAUCGCAAAAGUUGUCUGGAAAGCGGUAUCCUUGGUACAAAUAUUAUAAAACCGUUGAAGUACCUCCCUCUCCAGAAGUUGUUCUAAGGCAGCCUGAUUUUUCACCAAAAAGACCACUUCAGCAAGAAAGUGGACUUUCCGACGCUUUAGAAGACAACGACGAUCUGGAAUUACCGAGAUAUUCCGCCAUUAGUUCCCGACGAAGAAGCAGCGACCUCUAUCUUCAACCGUUAGAUUUAGAUGAACCGCCAGCCAGUUCUUCUGGGUUGGCAAAUAGACAAACACUUCUUGAAACCGAUUUCGAUCAAGAUGUACAGACCAGAAUUAGAGUUUUAGAUGGAGGUUUGGAUGAAGUUGACGCUCCACCAGUAUAUACCUCUGGUUCACAUUCCCGUCGUAAUCUACGAUCAACAUUAUCAACAUCAAUUAUAGACGGUCCAAGACGGGCUUUUUACCGCGAACAAUCAGAACCGGACUUCAACAUUUCUCGGGUCAUCGAAGUAAAAGGUCUUGAAGAUGACGACUUAGCUGGAAGACUAGUAGCAACAUUAUGGUGGUUCACAUUUUUGUUAGCUAGAGUUCUAACGAUCUCUAUUUUCGCUUAUUUUUAUAUGAAAGAAACAAUUUAUUUGAUCACCGUACAUUAUUUAUUAGUAAUCGGUGUCCUGUUUUACGAUAUCAAAACUAACGAAGUUAAAAGAGCCAAAGUGGCAUUUUUUAUAUUCAUAGGUUUGGUGUACGUAUUCUGUAUAAUCGAGUUCAAAAUUAAAUUUAAAAAGGCUUCUUUCAUAUUUUACGGGUUUUUCUUUUUAGUCUUUUUCGAAAAUUUGGUGAUGUGUUUAGUAUGGCUUUUAGGCGAGGUUGAGUCAAUAGAAAAUGAUUUUUGGUUUAGAUUCGUCUUUUAUAUUAUUGUUAUCUGCCAGAUUUUAAGUUUUUCGUCAAUGUUUGUUUAUUUCUUUGUCAAUAAACCCAAGAAAGUGGUAGUAGCUAAGACAAUAAAAAGAUAA